AUGAGUGGCACAGGACUCGGAUGGCCCGCUUUAGUGCCACCAUACCGCAACCGCCUUGAAGAGUGGUUUAGCACGCCUGAGAAAUUGCAUGCCUCAUUCGACACGAGGGAAGAGCUUGUAUCAUUGCUUAGGGCUUGCGAUAACACGCUUCUUGAAAGUAGCCUGCAGUUGAUUGCGGAUGCACUUCUUGAAUGGCAUGCAGACAAUGCUCGCACAGUUGCGAGUGGGCGCAGGGAAUCAAGGAGGCGCUUGACAGAGUGCUUGCCCAGUGUCCCGGGAACUGGCCUUAGCUUGCAUGAGCAUUACAAUCAGAUUGCACUUCAGAGUCCACUUGCGUUGCUUCCGGUUCUUCGCAAGCGGAAGUUAGCUACUGAUAGGGUCGUAGAUCGCGGUGCCAGGGCCACUGAGGAGAUACGGCUUCGGCAGGAGUAUGCAUUGCGUCUUGCAGCCAUCAUGCAGGAGGCGCAACUGCCGGUGUGCAAGGUGCUUGCAGGGGUCAGCAAUGCAGAGGAAGCUUGGCCACGGCUGUUCGGGACCCGUCGAUCCAAGACAUUGAGAAAUCGCUUUAGAGCUUGGGACAAGUUUCGGGAAUGGUUGCUUUAUAGCCGUGGCAGGAGCUAUCCGGAAGGGGUAGCUGAUGUGCUAGAUUAUGCCAAUGAACGAUUCCAGGAAGGAUGUGGAAAGACAGUUCUCGAAAGCCUGCAAGCCUCUCUCAGUGUAAUUGAAGGUGUAGGGCGCGUGCCGUCUACGCAGCAGAUAUCUCAGGAUCCCACAUGGCAGGCGCAGCUCAAAAGUUACACAGCCGAUUUGGUUUCGGCGGCACCGCCGGAGCAGCCAGCCAGCAUGCUCACUGUUGCUAUCGUUCUUGCAUGUGAGAUCUUCGUUUGCACGCCCGGGGAGCCUAGUUACUUGAGAGCAUUGGGCUUUGUCUGCUUAUUGAUGGUUUGGGGAUCGCUUCGGGCUGAUGAUGUUCAGGGGCUCUUGCCGCAGACCAUGCUUCUGGACGAGCGAGGGCUUAGCAUUGAUCUCGCGCGGUCCAAGACUACAGGGCCCGACAAAAGGACCCACACCGUCAAGGUCUUCGUGGAACGGAGUAUCUCUCUGACAGGGCAUGAUUGGCUGAAGGUCGGAUAUGCACUUUGGAAGGAUUUCGAUUUUGAGAGGGAUUAUCUGGUUUUGAAGGCCAAUGAAGGUUUCACGGAACCCCUGGAGAAGUCGGUGCCUUCCUCCACGGUGGCCCUUUACUUCCGCAAAGUUCUCAGUGAGUUGAAAACGCCCAAGCGUGAGGGGCGCACAUGGAAGGCCAAUGAUCAGCGUCCGCUGCUCCCGGGAUACACUUCCAGUCAUUUUACGGGACAUUCUGCGAGGAACUUCCUUAGCUCGGUCGGAGCGGCCAUCGAUGUCGACCCCAGGGAGCUUGAUUAUCUGGGUCGCUGGAAGGUAGGUGGCGAAGGUUCUGCAACCUACAUUCGCACUUCUAGGCAGGUUGUGCAUCGUCUCCAGAGUCACAUUGCUUGUUCCCUUGUCACCGGACAGCCAAAGCACUACAUCGAGGUGGAUUCCAUCAAGGCUUUGACGGAUUAUGCAGCUAAGGCGGGGGAGAGCGAAUCUCAGGUUCGUCGCCGUCACACCCUCCUCGAGGGAUCCAAAGGCUUGGGCGGGUCGUGGCCAACUCUGGCAUUGGAAGUGGGUGUUGCGGCACCACCUUCUCCAGUCGAGCAGGUUUCGAUGCCAGGCAGCCGGGGGGAUUACUUCAUCGUUACCUCUCGCACCACAGGCCUGAGGCGUCUGCACAUGUUGGGCUGCUAUGUCAAGCCUGAGAAUUGUUAUGAUGUGAAAUUUGUCAGUCAUGUCGGCGCGGAGGACGUCGAUAACAUUUGCAAAGAUUGCAAAGCAAGAAUGAAGGCUCAGGCCGGAGAGGAGGAAUCAGACCCCUCCAGCAGUGACAGUGGGAGCGAGUCGAUGCGAUUCCAGGCAAUCGCCGAUUCCCGGCCGGAAGCUCGGGCUGCUGGGAAGGCGGACUUUGGUCUUGAUGAUGGGGCUGCUGAUGGGCGACAACAAAUCGCGGGGGUCGUCGCUGCAUGGGAACUUGCACGCGACGUAAUCAGCAAAGAGACGGAAACACGAGCAGAGGCGAAAGUGUUAGGCCAGCCGCGAAUCUUGCAAGUCACAGAGAGGCAAGCAAUGCUCAAGGCGGUAGCGGCCGUUCACGGGCAGCUGGGAGAGUCGGAGACUCCAUCGUCUGAGUACCUCGCUCUCAAGUGCGAGGAGUGCGAAGCCAAUGAGCCUCAGGCUUCAACCUUGGAUGCCAUAACUUCGAAGAAGAACACGCUCACCACGAGCAUCCAGUCCAGCCUUGACGCUUCGGGGCGAAUUCAUAUUACUCAGCACAAAUCCAAGAGCGAGCUCCCGACUACUACAGAAGCUUAUCGCAAGGUCCUUCGCGUGGAAGCUUUCACGUGGCUAUGCAUGGCAUCCCGCUUUAAAUCCAAGCAGUGGCUUCAGGAUCUUAAGCUGUCUGACUUCGACCACUUCGUGAACUACAUCCUUGGCGAAAAGGUCGCUCAGCUCUCAGUGCCUACGUCUCAUCAGCCAGCCGAUGAGACCUACUUCACGACGCCGCUCGCCUUGUCCAUCAUUGAGCGACCACGCAAGUGGCACAAAGGCAAGGGCAAGGGUGAUGUGGGCUCUUACCUUCAGUCAUUGGGCAAUGUCACUAAUCUUCUUCAGUUCGAUCUUCAGCGCUCCACGGAGCAUGACUUGACUAAGGAAGGCUUGUGGCAGCACAUCUUUCAAUUGCUUGGCGAAGGGGAUUGGAUCCUCAUUGUGGAGCAGGCUAAUUAUUUUCUUGAUCAGACCGUGACGGCAUGUCAACUUGCAUGGCAGUAUGUCCUGGAGCACCCGGAGGAUCUCGGCGCAACGCCGGAUCACGAGUUACCGGCUUCCAUCUGGCAGCUACCAGCUCUGCGUGAGCUCCAGGUUUCCACUCAGGCCAUCACUUUUGCUUUCUUUCAAUGCAGCUUUGAGGCUCCCACUUCCAAACCCACACGCCUUCUCACUAAUCUACGGGCCUUUGUCGAGCAGCCUCCGCCUUUUGCUUCCUGGCCACGCUUCGACUCCAGUGAUCGCUACGUGGGGCCGUUGCCGCCACGCUGCCCGCACGGGAAACAUGACAAAGUACUUGCAGGCCGGGAAGGCUCCCGCUGGGCGACCGAGUCAUCAGCAGCCUAUCCUCCUCUGUUGUGUGAGUGGCUUGCGCAUGCUGUGCUUGCUUCCGCUUCGCAGGGGGGACUUGGGUCAGCGCCGCACAGCUCCGUUCCAGGUGAGGCAGGUCCAAUGCAGGAAUCCCACGAGGCGACGCAGGAGGUGCAUCAGGAUUUAUGUGAAGUGCCGCAGGGGCUGCACCAGGUGGUUUCCGAUAGGGUAGAGGCGGUUACUGAUAGGGUAGAGGCGGUUGGCUUGAUCGAGUCGGAAGCACCUCCUUCCACUUUGUUGCCGUCGCCAGACUCUUCGGGGCAUGCGAUGAGGCUCUCGCGUUUCUUCGCGGGCAUGGUUUCGUCCUUCCGGGCGAAGAGCACAGUGUUGAUCUUGAGGCGGUCCAGUCAGAUGAUUCGGAGGUGCUGGAGGGGGGGUGAGGUCGAAAGGCCGGAGCCCUUCAAGCAUCAGGAGUGCCACAACAUCGGGCUGCCUUUGAACCUCGAGUGGGAUGGCAAAACUCAGCCGAUCACGGAUGGCUUUGGACUCUGCUCACCCACUAGAUGGCCUCCGGAAGCCAGGGGGGGCCUGCUGCCCAAGCAGGCUUUGGAGUUCGCCACUGCCAUGCAUCAAGUGCUUCGAGACUUUGUAGCGGACGUUGUGCCUGAUAUCAAGCGCACGGCGAUGGAGCUUGCGCUAGGCAAGUGUACGGAUCUUGAUGUGGUGCCGAGUGGCCAGCCAUUCUUCUUGCAUGCUGAGGACUCCUAUGUCAGCGGGGUCGCGAUCGGUUAUGACUGCCCCGUCGCCGCAGCAAGAUCGGUCAAAAGAGAAGGCGUGGCCUUCCGCACUGAUGCAAAGUGCGCGGACGGGUACGUGGUCCUUGGGGGUUGGGAUUGCGCAGGCACAACUCAGGAGUCCAGAUGGUUCUCACUUCGACUUACUCCCUCAGAGGCCCCUUACCUCUUCGACUCAGAAGGUCACAGUCAGUGGGCUUCGGCAUCGGCUGAAUUGCUGGCCACGCUGGCUGCACUGCACAUCUUCGGUCACCUUGAAGCCGGGCCAACUAGGCGUUUGAUGAAGGUUGAGGUUCUAGCUCAGACGGAUAAUAAGUCUAACGAGGGCUUGACUCGCAAGGGUUCUACAACGCGCUGGCCCUUGCUCAUGGUUAACAUGCAGCUCACCCAUGUUCUCAUGAAGGCCGGCUUGCGGUUGAACUUGGGAUGGCGUCCACGGGACGAAAAUCAGGAGGCCGAUGAUUUAACCAACGAAAUCUUCGACCGUUUCUCUGAGGAGUUGCGGGUCCCAGUGCAGUACUCCGAAUUGCCGCUUUCCUUUCUUCACACUCUUUACGAAGCCAGGCGUGCACAGCUGAGCAGCCGUGAAGUGGAUUCCAUCCGCGACACGGUGCAAGAAGGCGAUCGACUUGUAAAGACGGUGCAUGCGGCUAUCAGCCAGCUUGAGUCGCAGGGCCACGUCUACACGAUGCAGCUUCAACCGACCAUGGUCGGGAUCAGUUCCCAGAACCGCGACGGGAGCGGGAUUAAUCCCGUAGAUGUCCACGAUCUUCUGGGCGACAUAGUUCAAGCCGGCUGGCUUGAUGCCAGGGUCCAGGCCAUCGCCCAUGAGCCAACUGGGCAAGAGGACAUCGAUUGGAAUGUCCGUCUCUUCCAAAGCAUGCAUGAUCGCUGUGGGCCCCUGGAGCCCACGAUGAUCAAAGCACUCUCCCUGGCAGGGUCACACACAAACUCGGUCUUGCGGUGCUUCCACUAUGAGGUCAUGCAUGAAGGAGACGAGACCGUGUGUCAUGAUGGAAGACUCAGCAUGGAGCUGCUUCGGAAGCACGAUCCGGACUUCGCGAGGGCGGUUCGCGAAGGAGUCGUUUGGAAGAUCUUGUCAAAGCACGUCGCUGCCCAGCUGCCGCAGCUGUUGGGACUUGUCCAAAGGAUGGGAAACGCCACACUUCACCGUGGCGAACACGAGCUCCAACUGAUGAGACGGCUGCAUCAGACUUGGGUCCAGAUGAGCUCUCAGGGUUCUGUGGACGUCCUGGCACUGAAGAGCAAAGUCACCACGGGGAAGUCCGUGCAUGGCAAGUCCAUGCCGCAUCUUUACAGUUUCGUGUUGAAGACUGCGGGUGGCACAGAUCCGUUCUUGCUCAGCACACGUUCAUUGGGACCUGGUUUCUGGGAGAAGGUCAGUGCCGAUGUCAAAGGUUCCAACCAAUUCCCACGGUUCCGGCAUGCCAUGGUGAAGCUUGCAUACUGCAAAGAAGCUGUGGGGUCUGCCGAGUGCAAGAAGAUGUUGCACAAGGAUUCAACGGCCUCUGUCAAGGAGGCAGACACCAUCAUGAGCACGUGGCGAAAGCUUGUGACGGCCCUGCCGGAUGGUGCAGAGCUUCUCAUGAAACCCGAAGUGCAGACCUGCUUGUCCUAUGGGGACAUGUCCUUGGCUGCCUUCACCCUGAAUGUGAUGUUGCCCGGUGAAGACUUGAAGAAGUAUAAGACAAGCCAAUCCCUCGCCCAUGACCUCGUCCUGAUUUUGGAAGGCAUCCUCAAAACAGACCUGAAUGGGCCCUGGGCGGCACACAAGGUCGCAGAUUCGGGUGAGGCAUCGGGUUCCAAACAGGUGGGAGCACCCAUGGCCAUCAUGAGGGAGCUGAGCUCCGACGGCUCGGUGAAGGAUUCAGCGGUGAUGAUGGCCGAGUCCGGCUUUUCAGUCGGCCAAUAUGUCCGUCGCAAGGCGGAUCAGGAAACUGGCCAGGUGACGGCGAUCGAGCUUGGCCGUGUCAAGCUGAAGCAGCCCUCGGGGUCCGUAGUGCGGGUGUCGAUCGACAGCUUUCUCGCAGGCCACUGGCAGGUCUACACACCCAAGCCGGAACCCCAGACGGUGGAUGACUUGUCAGUGUAUUCGCCUUUGAACUUCCCCGAAUACGAGCGACAGAUGCUGUUGGCAUGCUUGUACAUGGACAUGCAUGAGCUCAUGCAAAAGCACGACACGAAUCCCAUGCUGCAGAAGCUCAGGGUCACUUUGAAGCCUCGUAAGUCAGUCCAAGCCACGGCAUUCAUCCCGAAAAACAAGCUCAUCAUGGUCCCCAUGGGUUUGACGAUCAAGCACGGUCAGAAGAAGCCCGAGGAUGCGAUUUUCGAUAUCAUCACCCCCAUGAGUGACUACUUCUUCUGGAUUGUUUCGUUCAUUCAGAUUCCGAAAGCCGAAGGGGAUGCUGGCUUCAUCAAUCCUGCAUUCCUUGUGCAGCCGCUUCCCGUGAGUGACACUUGGAAUUGCGAGGUUUCGCAUGUCAAGUCCAAUCGAGACAAGAAGGUUCAACUCCCCAUCCUCAAGAACACCCUGGACCUGCAGCAGGACGAUGUGCUGUAUAUGCCAAAGGCCGAGAAGACUGUGCACGUCGAGGCCUUGCAGGUUGACACCCCGCCAAGGAAGCGAAUCUGCUCCAAGAAGCCGGGAGACUCCUGA